GUAAAUUACGUGACAUUUCACAGACUUUGGUGGGUGAAUGGAGGACACUUGCAAAACGUUACAAUUCGAUGUGCUUAUUAUCUUUAGGUUUAUCGUCAUAUGGUCGUAUCCUAUGCCCCUUGAUAGUAGCUCAUUGAAGGCAGAAAAUCGCAGGCUAUUUGAUAAGAAAUGACAGGGAAGUGUAUCUGUGUGCAGUAUAAAAGUUGAGCGUAGUGACAGGUCCACCGAUGAUUCCUUUUUAUGUUCAUGAAAAAUGUAGUAGUCAGGGUAACACCCUACAAACGGCAGUUAUUGCAGGUGCGAUCAAGGAUUUUUACAGGAUCCGUGUUUGUAUGUGAAAGACGGAGAGGGAGAGAGAGAGAUAUAAGAGGGGGAGGGGGAGAGAGAGAGUGCAAUUCAUCCAGGGAGACCGAUUAAGCAACUUUGUUACCAGGCAUAGCUUUGUCCACCCCGGCACAACGCGCAAUGAAAAGAGAACGGCAUUUGGCAGUUAUGGUUGAUCAGCGUUUCUUCUUUCUAUCCCCUUUGGUGCAUUAGUGAGGCAAAUGUGUUCAUAAUUAACAGGCGUCGUAGAACAUUAGUAAGUCGUACAAUGGAGCAUACGUUGUCAUACCUAACAAGGAACGUUCAUAUUUACCCGUGAGUGAGAUUACUUCGGCAGCACAACAGUGUGAGUUUAGCCGUCAACACAGGGAUAAUGCAUCACUGGAUUGCAAUCCUGUUGUUGGUGACUACAUCAGUGGGCAUCGUUGAGAUGUUUGACAAUUAUGGAGAGAUAUGUCGAAGAUUGUGUGCCUGUGAGGAGAAAGAGGGGAUACUGACUGUGGGCUGUGAAAGUAGAGGAAUAGUCGAUCUCUCUGAAGUUAGCCCUGUGUACUUCACAACGUAUAAUUUACUGCUCACAGGGAACCUUUUGAAGAGGCUCUCCACCAAUGACUUUGUUGAAUACAAUGGGCUUACAAUAUUGCAUCUGGGCAACAAUGACAUAUCCACAGUUGAAUCAGGAGCUUUUAAUGGACUUCAGGGAUUAAAAAGAUUACAUCUCAACAAUAACAAAAUGGAUGCCUUGGCGGAAGAUCUUUUCAUCGGCCUUGAAAGUCUGGAAUAUCUUCAGCUAGACUACAAUUCCAUCGCCCAUGUCGAGCCAAAAGCCUUCAGCAAACUGCAUCGUCUGGAGGUCCUGAUUUUAAAUGACAACAUCAUUUCUACUCUUCCCACUGACAUUUUCCAACAUGUCCCUUUGACUCACCUUGACCUGAGGGGGAAUCAACUGAAACUAUUCCCUUAUUCGGGUCUUUUGGAACACAUGGACAGCAUUAUGGAAUUACAACUAGAGGAGAACCCAUGGAACUGCUCUUGUGAGCUGAUUGCACUGAAGGCCUGGCUCGAGAGCAUAUCCUACACCGCUUUAGUGGGUGAUGUGGUCUGUGAGUUUCCAUUCCGGCUUCAUGGGAGAGAUCUUGAUGAAGUCUCUAAACAGGAACUGUGCCCCAGGAGAGCUAUUGCAGAGUAUGAGAUGCGUCCCCGGGCACAUCAGACCACCAAUGCAUACUUUAGGACCACACCAGCCUCAGUCACAGCCUCAUUCACAUCCCGGUCAAGGCCCACCAAGGGACCUCGCCCGUCAGGCAAGUUAAAGUCAAAACCCACAUCUCGAAUCCCCUCCAAUAAACCGCAAAACUAUGGUCAAAUAGUUUCAUAUCAAACCAAAUCCCCAAUGCCUUUGGACUGUCCUACUGCCUGUACUUGCAAUCUCCAAAUUUCAGACCUUGGUCUGAAUGUUAACUGCCAAGAGAGAAAGAUUGAGCGAAUCUCUGACUUAAAUCCCAAACCCUACAAUCCCAAAAAGAUGUAUCUCACAGGGAAUUUUAUCCCCGUGGUGCGGAGAUCAGAUUUCGUUGAAUUGAUUGGAUUAGAUUUGCUUCACCUUGGCAACAAUCGGAUCGCUCACAUCCAUGACAGAGCCUUUGGGGAUUUAACACACUUACGCAGGCUGUACUUGAAUGGGAAUUUGAUAGACCGUCUCACAGUCGAUAUGUUCUUUGGAUUAGAGAGUCUGCAGUUCCUAUAUUUAGAAUACAAUGUCAUUAGAGAAAUUGUUUCAGACACCUUUCAGCAUGUCUCCAACCUUCAGCUGCUCUUCCUAAAUAAUAACCUCCUGAAGACCUUACCCCGGGGAAUCUUUAAUGGGUUGACAUUGGCCAGACUAAAUCUUCGUAAUAAUCACCUCCGCAGUCUGCCCGUCAGUGGCGUGUUGGGUCAACUGACAUCACUGGUGCAGGUAGACUUGUUCGAGAACCCCUGGGAUUGCGGCUGCUCCGUCAUGAAGAUGAAGAUGUGGCUGGAACAGCUUAGCAGCGGCACGGUUGUGGACAAUGUCAUCUGUGGCUCCCCUAAGAAGCUGUUUGGGGAGGAUAUGCGAUACAUUAAGACAACUAAUUUCUGCCUUAAUAACUCUGAUAUCCUUGCGUCCAUGAUCCCACCUUCGGAAGAAUCUGUUCCUGGGAGCACCAUCACCAUAGAAACAUCAUUAGAUUACGACACACAGAUCAACAGUGUUCCCCUGUCUGUUACGAUCCUUGCCCUGCUCCUGAUGUUCAUCGUUUCGGUGUUUAUCGCUGCGGGACUGUUUGCAGCCAUGAAGAAGAGACGUCAAAAGACACUAAAUGAGCAGAAUAACUCCAUGAACGCGUGCAUCAGUUCGCUGAACAUGGAGUACGGUCUAUACAAAAAGGGAUCCGUUCCAAAAGUCAGAACGUCUGCAGGGCAUGUGUAUGAGUACAUCCCCUCUCCCACUGAACAGACGUGCAAAAACACAGUCUGUAGCCCCACAGUGUAUCGGCCAAUGGAGAACAAGUCAGUGGAUGGGUACAGAGACGUUGAUCAGUUGAAUGUGACGUUUCUGAAUAACCACUCGGAAGAAGAGACGGGUAGUAACGCAAUAAGCGAUGAAUACGGUGUUAGUACUCCACUCAACAAACACUCCCCUUUACAAGACGAUGUCCUAGACCCAGACGAGCCGUCACCUUACAGCAAUACUUUACCAUGCAGGCAUACUGCCCAUUCAUCAAAUCAGUAUAACUCAGACUUUAAUGUCAGACAUCAAUACAUGCACCCAGAAAGAAUACAGCAGACAAUAUUAUAUUGCACAGCACCGAGUGCUGUUUAUGUUGAACCUAACAUAAGUGAGUACUGGGAACUGAAAGCCAAGCUUCAUAGUGAUCCCGACUACCUUGAAGUUCUUGAGAAACGUACCACGUUCACCCAGUUUUGAAUGACUUGAUUUUCUUCCUUGACUGGUUGAGUAAUUGCUUGUUGCAUUGGGGCAAGCUGUGCUCAUGUUGGAAAAAUGUGUGGAUCUGUCUUUUGAAACUAUACAGACAUGCAGAGGCUUCCCUUAACAGCGUAAAGCAAUAGGUAUUCCGUUAACUUGUUUAUUCUUGAUCAAUUACAGUCUCGCUUUGAGAAACGUUUAUUUUUUUUAAGUUAUCCAAUCUCUGUGCCAACAACUAUGUAAAUAUGCAGUUUUAAGUAUGCUUGUUGCAAUUUUAAAAUGAGGCUCAACUGGCUUCUGUAUGCAUCAUCAUCAUCAUCAUCAGCUAUAUGGCUAAACAAUGUUUUUAAAAGAUAAAUGCAUAAUCUAUACUUCAUAAGAAAUAUUUGGGGUGGUACAGUUUAUCAUUUUCAAUAAUUGUCUAUUUUUAUACAAGUAUUUGAGGAUGUAAUUCUUCUUCUGUUUUUGUUUUUAUGACUUUGCACUGAUUGACAGGAACAGGUCAACAACGAAUAUGAUGUCAUUUUCUGAUAUAUAGUCUAUGUGAAUAACCAUGGCCGUAUAGCUGUAUGUAAAAAUUUUGCAGGUAUGUAACUACUGCAUUGUGAAGAAGUUAUAAGACAUUUGCCAUUAUACCUGCAAUAUAGCCACUUCUUUUUCCAGUUUGGAGACAAUCCUCAAUUUCCCAAUUUGUUUUUUUUAUCUUUAGAGAUAUGAAAUAAGUAUUCACAAAAGGGGACAGUGGGGUAAGUUAAGCCAUUUUUUACAUUCAGCAUCACUCUAACAAAGAUAUCUAUAUAUAUUCAGGAUAUUUUGUAUCCCUGGAAAUAAUAAAAAUUCAUGUAAACAUUACAGUUUUGAAAGCAUAGCUUGUACAAAAAAAAGUGGUCUCUUUUAGCAAAACUUACCCCAAGUAUGGGGAAAGUUCAGCCACGGGACAGGAUAAAUUAAGACGCCUACUGAAUUAAAUAUUGCCACCACCUUUUUAAAGCCAUGUCUGUCUUCAUUUCCCAAACACAAUUCAACACAAUCACAAUCGCUUUUUGUUUUUUAAUUAUUUUAAGCUUCUUUUAACACCGGCUUAACACCUAAAAAAAACACUUUGUACUUGUUAAAACACUUUUAACAUCGGGCAGCCCCUGCUGUUACUUCAUGUCCCAGCAAUAAUGUCUUGCAUUAUGCCUAGGAAGAAAGCACUUUAAUUUGCUCAACUUGCCAUGGGCUCAACUUACCCCAUGGCCAUUGGCUCAACUUACCCCAUAGCCAUUGGCUCAACUUACCCCAUGGCCAUUGGCUCAACUUACCCCAUGGCCAUUGGCUCAACUUACCCCAUGGUCAUUGGCUCAACUUACCCCAUGGCCAUUGGCUCAACUUACCCCAUGGCCAUUGGCUCAACUUACCCCAUGGCCAUUGGCUCAACUUACCCCAUGGCCAUCGGCUCAACAUACCCCAAGGCCAUCGGCUCAACUUACCCCAUGGCCAUCGGCUCAACUUACCCCAUGGCCAUCGGCUCAACUUACCCCAAGGCAAACAUUUUGACUAUAUUAGCCCACACAGCUACAAGGAUGCACGUUCAUGCUAGGUUUAUUGUUGUUCACCACUUUUUCCAAUGUGGUUUCUUCCUUCAGAGACUCCGUGAAAUGAUGACCUCUUCCUAAAUAGUUGGUCAAAUGAUUCACUUUGUGUAUUGUUUCCUACAAAACAUGGGUGGCUCAACUUACCCAUUUGGCUCAAUUUACCCCACUCUCCCCUAAUCAUUGUCAACAAAUAAACUGAAAUGACAUGUAUCCCUCAUAUCGCUAGGCAUAGCUCUAUUUAAAAUGCAUUCGGAUGCAAAAUAACUUUUGGUGAAUGUCAAACAUGUUUGAUCACUUAAAUAUAUUUUUGGGGUAUUACUGUAGAGUCUAAAUUUGAAUUCAUUGUUAGAUUUUUUUUUUAGUUAAGGUCCGAGCUAGAGUUGCAAAAUUCCAGUAACUUUCCCAAACAUCCUGGUUGGAGUAUUCCAGAUUUCCUGCGUCUUCCUGGAAUAUUUUAGCCAGGAUUUCUGGAAAACCUGUGAAUUUUGGGGAAAGUAACACAAUUUUGCAACCCUAGACCUCUCAUUUGACGUUUUAGUCAUUUAACAGACACUCUUAUCCACGGCAACUAGGGUUAACUGCCUUGCACAUUGGCAGAUUUUUUUCAGCUAGUCGACAAGGGGAUUCAAACCAGCGACCUUUUUGGUUACUAGUCCAAUGCUCUUAACCGCUAGGCUACCUGACUGUGGUCUAUUACGUUAUGAUGUCUAUUCAAAGUGUUGAAAAAUAAUUGUGUAGAGAUUAGUAAAUGUAAUGAAAUUGACCAUUCUCAAAUCAAAUCAUCUAACAUGCUUUGUAAAACAGCAGCAGUCGUAGACUAACAGUGAAAUGCUUACCUACGGGCCUUACUCAACAAUGCAGAGAGAAAAAUAAUAGAAACAUAAUAGCACAAGGAAUAA